AUGGAAUGGUCUGAUACUGAGGGCAGAACAUCUUCAAUAUCACAACAAUUGAAGUUAGAAAUCACGUCACCAGAUGACCAAAUGAAGUCGAUUCAAGAAUUUGAUUUUGUAGAACAAUGUGUAGGGUGUGCAAUUCGAAGCUGGUCAUAUUUAAUUGUAAAGUAG